AUGAAGAUUUCAAUCACCUUACUUGCCCUUCUCGGACUGAGUUGCGCACACCAAAGCAUUGUCGGCAGAACACCCCCGCCCCCAGGUCCGCCGAUCAAAGAAAUUCAAGAUCUUAUAGUCAACGGCAUCAAGGGCUGGGGGCCAGCCUCGAAUCUCAAGCCCCCUUCGAGCCCCAAACCCCCUCUGCGAGAAAUGCCCUUUGGCCUAGGCUUGCCUAAGCCGCCGCACAAGUAUCCGCCUGGCAAAACCGGAGUGUCGAGAAUUCCGGGCUCGCCUCUUGGACCACAGAAGAAGUGCAGGCCAUGCAAGAGGAAGAGGCAGCUCUGUUGCAGUAGCGUCGGCAACCUCGGUCGACCGAUUCAUAAGUUGGGCAGAAUUGGGUUGACAAAGGCUGUUGGCAAGGCAGCCGCUUUCAGUCUGCUGGCACCGCACGCGAGAGAGUUACUCGAAGCGAUCAAGGAUAGCCCUGUUGGAGCACCUGUGCGCUGGUUUGACGAUGCGAUGGCCUCUGUCCAGGAGGCGAUUGGAGGCCCCCUGAGGAGUGAUAUUGACGGAAACGAACUGAAAGCCUGGAUAAUUUGUGCGUUUAAAGGAGGAGAAGAGUCCGAGAUUGCUCAAGGCCGGAAGAGUCAUUUUUGCACCUCUACAGCGGAUGAAUUCAACCAGGAUUUUGAGGACGCAGCUAAAAACGGAGAGCUAGAAAAGCUUGUCUGUACGUGUGCGUAUGUAGAGGCGAGUUGGACAUAUCCGCAAAUGAGAGGUGGAUCUCCGGCUGCGAGCGACGUUUCGGAUAGGAUGUGUAAAGCAUUUUUCAAGAGCAACCAAUACGGGGAGUUUCAAUGGAAGAGGGGGCUGAAUGAGCUGAUGGAUGUUUGUUCCAAUAUUGAGACGAAUCCGGACUCUUUGGGGGGCGAGGGCUCUUCCAAAAACAUCAAAGAGCGCUGUGCCACUCUGCAAGCAGAGAUAAAAAAGGUAGAGAAGGGCGCGGAAAAGCCGGGGGAGGGGAUCCCGAUGGCCAACUUUGGGAGUUGCAAAUGCGAUGCCUACAAGUUGUCGAAGUAUGGCCAGUACUGCGGCAACAAUUGUCGGGCUUUGUAUUUCAUGGGCGAUUGGCGUCUAAACAUCGUGGGAGAUCAACCAAAGCCGGAGAAAAAGCCGGUUCAGAAGAAGCCGGACACUUCAGAGGAUAAGGAACAUCAAGAGCUUGUGAAUCAGUACUUUGCCGAAGUGCGAGAACAAAUAGAAGCGAUGUCGCCAGAGACAUUGGAGGAGAUGGAGGACCCGGCCAAGCUCAAAAAGGACAUUAAAGAAGAAGAUGCGGCAACUCAGCGCAAUGAGGAUAUAUCACGUCACUUUAGGAAUCUUGACGCCUUUUAUGCGAAUCGUGGCUAUUCUAAGCUUUACAAGGCGAGUCACAAAUUUGCCUUACUUACGAUAGAAACUAAGAGGGCUGACCGCUUUAACAAGUCCCAUGUCGAUAUCUCAAAAAGUGCGAAGCUUUUCGGCAUCGACCACAAUCAAUAUUUAUCUAGUACCUUACCUCGCUACGUCGAGGGUAUAUUGCGCUUUCCACCAUGCGGUUAUCAAAGCGUGACGUGUUCACCGGGUCAGCCGAGCCUAAAUCAGGCCACGAGAUCACGUGACCACGUGUUCCUUUCUUCUGCACCCCUGCAUUUGUCAAACUCAAUCAUGAUGGCACACGGCUGGUCUCUAAUCGGAUUGGCUCCAGGUGCCCAGGCCAAUUCGUACACUAUAAAGGAAGGUCUUGCUAUUAGUGCCAGCCCUAUCCACAUAUCAUCGGAUUUGUGGACAUCGCCGCAUCGACACUCACUGCUGGCUGUAUGCGCACAGUGGAUGGAUGCAGAGGGUCGGCUGCAAAAGGCCCUGCUAGGAUUACCGGAAUGCCGCUAUUCCCAUAGUGGUGAGCAGCAGGCCAGCCUAAUUCUUCAGGUCAUUGAAGAAUUCGACAUUCAGUCGAACCUGGGAUGGCACACCAGCGACAAUGCGACCUCGAACAACACCUGCUUGGAGGUGAUGCAGUCUCGCUUAUUGACUGAGCACCAGAUCCAGUUCAACGCCAGACAACGUCGUAUCAGAUGUAUAGGCCAUAUUAUCCACCUCUCGCUCCAGGCAUUCUUGCUAGCGUCAUCACGGGAAGCUCUUCUUGCCGCCUUGGAAUCUGCAGCUGAUGUCUCCGGAGAAGAACUGAUAGUGCGCUUUUCAGAUAUUCUCGAGUCCCAGAAGCAGAACAGCGAACAGAUUGUACGCUAUCAAAAGAGCGAUGGCCGGGACAGCCUUGAAUCUGGCAACAAUGAGUUCUCUGGCAUCCAGGGCUUGACCCCCCUCCGCAAGCUCCACGAACUAGCCGUCUGGCUUCGCAGUUCGUCUCUUCACGCGGAUAUUUGGGAUGACAGCGUCGGUCUUCGGCUUGGUAUUGACAACAGAACCCGGUGGUCCUCCUGGUUUCUAGUCAUAGACAGAGCUAUCACAAAGCAAGCCGAGAUCAAGGCUUUCAUGACGGAUCAUGAAGCAGCUCUAGGCAAUAAUCGCCUCAAAGCUCAGGACUGGGAUUUCCUUGACAAGGCCCGCACGUUCCUCCAACCGUUUGCUUCCGCCACACUCUAUGCAGAAGGGGAGAAGUCGUCAAUAUCGCAGUCAUUAUCUCUGAUGGACGCUCUCCUUGCCCAUUACGAGAGAAACAAGGUGCACUACUCCCAAGAAGACCAUCGAGAUCUCCGGAUGACGCCUGUCUAUGCUGCGGCUCUUCUUCUUGAUCCUUCCCGCAGAGCCGCGUAUAUUCGGAAGAAUUGGCCAACUUCAUGGGUGGAACCCGCUAUUGCGGCCGCGAAAGAGCUAUGGGAGUCGACCUUCAGCGUGACGCGAGUCGAAUCAGACGCUAUUACACCAUCGCUGUCGCCUCCACUGGAAAUGACCUCCCGACAGCGUGGGGCUGAGCUCGAUUUGCUAAUGAAAGAUAUGGAGGUCAUCACAGCCGACACAAGGGAUGAUGAUGACUUCGGCGCCUUCAUUGAGCAGCCAACUUUCCGGAUAGACUGCAGUCCCCUCGACUGGUGGUCUCGUAGCGAGCAAAAGUCGCGCUAUCCCCGGCUAUGCCAUGGCCAUCACUCUGUUGUCCAUUCCAGCAGAAUCAUCGGAGCCUGA